UGAUGGACUUUGGUCUUUUUCCAACCUGAUUUAACUAUAUAACUAUAUUAAAGUAGGGUGUAUAGUAACCACAUUUGCCUUUAUGGAAUGGAACUCCAUAUGGUGAAUAUAGAACCAUCAUCCAGUAACAGAUUGCAAAUCUUGCUUGUGUCAUAGGAUAUUCUAGUAAUAUAGUGUUACAUCUGUUCUAUUAGAAUCGCUAUAUUGUUGCAAUUGUAGCCAACACCAUUCACAACAUCCAAGCUGAGAGUACUUUAGAAUUACCCUGCUUGUAUCUCCAGCAGUGAAUGGGUCAAAAUGAGCCCUCCGAGCAUCUUAUGAAAUAGAAGGGAAUUGAACUGGCCCUGUAGAUAAAGCUGAAGACAUCAAAGGUAACCAGCAAAGCAAACAGUACUCAAGCUUUUCUUUUAUUCUGUCUUGAUAUGAUGGAGAUCUGAAAUAAAUGGGAUAAGAUAAACUAAUGUAAGGGAAAGAAAAACAUGUAAAUUACGUAUGACUGUGAGAUAACAGGGCUAUAAAAGCAGAGAUGAGAGGCAGGAUCAGAUACACAACCACCUGACCAUCACAUUUCAGCUCCUGCCAUCCAAGAAAUCCUCACUAAUGGAACCAGAGGAGUACAGAAAGAGAGGUAAAGAAUUGGUGGAUUAUAUCUGUCAGUAUCUGAGCACAGUAAGAGAGAGGCGAGUGAAUCCUGACGUGCAACCAGGCUAUAUGAGGACUCUGCUGCCAGACAGCGCUCCAGUGGAAUCUGAAAGCUGGGAGAGAAUCUUCAGGGAUAUUGAAGACAUCAUAAUGCCAGGGAUGGUCCAUUGGCAGAGUCCUCACAUGCAUGCCUACUUUCCUGCCCUGACAUCGUGGCCAUCGCUGCUAGGUGACAUGCUUGCUGAUGCAAUAAACUGCUUAGGAUUUACAUGGGCUUCCAGUCCAGCAUGCACUGAGCUGGAAAUAAAUGUGAUGGACUGGUUGGCUAAAAUGCUUGGUCUCCCUUGCCAUUUUCUCCAUCAUUAUCCAAACAGCAAAGGAGGAGGUGUACUCCAGAGUACGGUGAGUGAAUCAACCUUAAUAGCUCUGCUGGCUGCAAGGAAGAACAAGAUUCUGGAAAUGAAAACCUCUGAACCAGAUUCAGAUGAUUCCUAUCUGAAUUCUAGACUUAUUGCAUACGCUUCCAACCAGGCUCAUUCAUCCGUGGAAAAGGCUGGUUUGAUUUCUCUAGUGAAAGUUCGAUUUUUGCCAGUGGAUGAAAAUUUUUGUCUUCGUGGGGAUACUUUGAAAGCUGCAGUGGAAGAAGACAGAAAUUGUGGGCUUGUCCCUGUCUUUGUAUGUGCCACCUUGGGUACAACUGGCGUCUGUGCAUUUGAUAACCUGGCAGAACUGGGGCCAGUUUGUGCCAAAGAAAAGCUGUGGCUGCACAUUGAUGCAGCUUAUGCAGGCACUGCCUUCUUGUGCCCAGAAUUCAGGACAUUGAUGACUGGAGUAGACUAUGCUGAUUCCUUUACAUUCAAUCCAUCCAAGUGGAUGAUGGUUCAUUUUGACUGCACUGCUUUCUGGGUGAAAGAUAAAUACAAAUUACAGCAAACUUUCAGCGUCAACCCUAUUUACCUCAGGCAUGCAAACACAGGGGCUGCUACUGACUUUAUGCACUGGCAGAUUCCCCUGAGCCGACGGUUUCGCUCAUUAAAGCUCUGGUUUGUCAUUCGGUCCUUUGGAGUGAAAAAUCUGCAGGCGCACAUCAGACAUGGGGCAGAGCUAGCUAAAUAUUUCGAGUUGAUGGUGACUAACGACCACAUGUUUGAAGUACCUGCAAAACGGCACCUUGGACUAGUUGUUUUCCGAUUAAAGGGUCCGAAUUUUUUGACAGAGGAAGUCUUGGCAGAGCUGACCGAGUCUGGAAAAAUGUACCUUGUACCAGCCACUAUCAAUGAUAAGCUUAUUAUACGAUUCACCGUCACAUCUCAGUUCACAACUAGGGAAGAUAUUUUGAGGGACUGGAGCCUGAUUCGGCAGAGUGCCAUCAAUGUCACCAACCUGCACCAUGGGCCUGUUAUCUCUAGCUGCCCUACCCCUAGCGACUACAAAAAUACACUCAACACAUUCAACACCAAAUAUGAUGACAAGGAAAAUGUUUUCCAGAAGAUCAGUGACCAGCCAAAACAUGGGGCCCUCCAAGAUAAAGACUGGGUAGAAUCAAUCUCUGAUGAUGACCUAGAUCCUUUUGAUGACUGCUUUCCAGAAAAUGAGCCGGUAGCGAGCAAGCACAGGAGGGCAUCUUUCCUAUACAAGUAUUGCUCAGUGCAAGAGAAGAAAACUGUCCGCUCCUUUAGCUGCAACAGUGUCCCAGUACAUAAUGCUGAGAAGCUGGUGCCACGAGGGGAACCUCAGAAAGAAGACAGCAUAGUUUCCAACAUCCCAGGAAAGGUGAUGAUUCUAGAAAAAAAUGCUUUUAGAAAGUUAAUCAAGUUCUACAGUGUCCCGAGCUUUCCAGAAUUCCGAAUUCAGUGUGGCCUUCAAUUUCCUUGCUGCCCCUUAGAGGCAUUUGUUUAAAAAAAUAUUAAGAUAACUUUAAUAAACUCAGUUUAGAUGUACUGCAGAGCUGAUUGUUGAUUGUAAGGUUAGAUUUUUGAAGGCUCCCUAAUUCAAAGGACCAGUACCAUUAGAAGAAUUUCUAUACAUUCAAAUAUAAUAUAUUGUCAUUUAGAAUAUAUUGCAUUAAGCUGAAAGAGAAGUAUUUUUUUUUCAUGCAGUUCUUUUUAUCCUGAAGUGCCAUAUUGUUCACACAAGCAAAAUAUUCCUGGUCUUCUAAAUUCUUGAAAGUCAAACAAAAGCACAGAAAAAGCCAAUUGUGCCUCUUUUUAGCUGUUGCAGUCAAAGAUAGUCAGAUAGGAAUUAUACAUUAUAUUUGAAUUUAAUGACACUUCAUUUUGGUUGAUAUUGGCCCUUUGCAUGCAAUGCUCCAAUGGCAUUUACUUGCACAUUUUGGGGGAUCAAUGAUUUCAUAUGCAAUCUGUUUUCUUACUGUGCGUUGGCAUAUAAGAUUCAAUAAAAGUUAAUAUGUAUGUA